AUGGAAGCUCUCCGAGAAUUAGGGGUGAAAGAGGCCAAGGUCUUUAGAGAUUCGACUUUAGUAACAGCUCAAGUGCAAAGGUUGUGGAAAGUAAAAGAGGAGCACUUAAAACCUUAUCAGCAGUAUCUAGAGGAUUUGACCAAAACUUUUGACAAGAUUGAGUACACAAUCAUCCCUAGAGCUCAGAAUCAGUUUGCAGAUGCUUUGGCUACCUUAGCUUCCAUGGUUCAAAUACCCAAAGGAGUAUGGACAUGGCCCUUAGAAAUUGAACAAAGUUAUGGGAUGGUACACAAAGAGAAGGCCGAAGCUCUAGUCUUGAUUAUAGAAGAAGAUGGGGUUUAG